GCCGGCGCUCGACGCGCGCUGCCUGGCGCCGCCCGGGCCGCCGCCGCCAUGGCCACGGAGGACGAGAUCAUCCGCAUCGCCAAGAAGAUGGACAAGAUGGUGCAGAAGAAGAACGCGGCAGGAGCUCUUGAUUUGUUGAAGGAGCUUAAGAAUAUUCCCAUGACCCUUGAGUUACUACAGUCUACCAGAAUUGGAAUGUCAGUGAAUGCAAUACGCAAGCAGAGCACAGAUGAAGAGGUUACAUCUUUAGCAAAAUCUCUUAUCAAGUCUUGGAAAAAGCUGUUAGAUGGACCUUCCACUGAUAAAGAUUCUGAAGAAAAGAAAAAGGAGCCUGCAUCUUCCUCACAAAACAGCCCUGAUGCCAGAGAAGAAAGCAGUUCAAGUAGCAAUUCCAGCAGCAGGAAGGAGGAGGGUAGUGCUCCCUCAAAUUCUUUCAUCCCUUCUUUUCCCCGGGCUCCAAGCACUUCAGACUCUGUACGAGUGAAAUGUAGAGAAAUGCUCUCUGCAGCUCUCAGAACAGGAGAUGAUUACAUUGCUAUUGGUGCUGAUGAAGAAGAGCUGGGUUCUCUGAUUGAAGAAGCUAUUUUUCAAGAGUUAAAAAACACUGAUAUGAAAUACAAAAAUAGGGUACGAAGUAGGAUAGCAAAUCUCAAGGAUGCAAAGAACCCUAACCUAAGGAAAAAUGUAUUAUGUGGAAACAUUCCUCCUGACAAGUUUGCUAAAAUGACAGCAGAGGAAAUGGCAAGUGAUGAGCUGAAAGAAAUGCGCAAAAAUCUGACCAAAGAAGCUAUCAGAGAGCACCAGAUGGCUAAAACAGGAGGUACCCAAACUGAUCUGUUUACAUGUGGCAAGUGCAAAAAGAAGAACUGUACAUACACCCAGGUUCAAACCCGCAGUGCUGAUGAACCCAUGACAACGUUUGUUGUCUGUAAUGAAUGUGGAAACAGAUGGAAGUUCUGUUAGAAGAAGAAAUUGUCAAGACAUCUGGACCAGUAUGAACGAGGAUUUUGUAAUUAGCUUUAAAAACUAGGCUAAGCAUCUAGCUUCCUGCAAAUGAGAGGGGUUUUUGGUUUUUCUUUUCUUUUAUUUCAAAGCAGCAUACAUGCCUCAAGUUAGCCUUUGUUUUGACACAACCAUAAUUUCCUUAAAUGCCUUCCUAUAGCUGGUAGUCAGUAGGGCCAGGUUGCUCAAAUGUAUGGUGAAUUUUAAAAUAUUUUUUCAUUUUUAUAAGUAAGUUGACAUUAAACUUUUACCAGUUAAACAUUUUGGUAAUUGUCUUGUUUUUUUCUAACAAUGUGAAUAAUGUACUGUAUUUUUUGUGGUCUGAAAUAGACGCGCUCCUCCUGUGUGUAAAUUGCCUCUCCACAUUUGCUUGGUUGUAAGAAUGAAAUUUGUUUCUCUCUGGUCUGUUCACUUUGCUUUGCAAGCAGAAAAAGUAUAUAAGUUCUUCAUAACAUUAAACUCAGUUGUUAACUAAAACACAAUUUAAUUAACUCUCUAGUUUGUAUGUGAUCUUUCUGGACUAGGACUAAAUUUGCAGUCAUGGGGUUUGAAUAUUUAUUACUGGAUAUCAUGACCUCUUUUGCAAUGGUUGGUUAAGCUUGUUUAUGUAACCAGCUUUGAUCAAUGCAAUAUAUUUUAUUGCCCAAAGCAUGUAUUUUACUUUCUGUCAGCAGGCAUUAUUUCUAAGAAUGUCUUAAAUAGUGGUUAAAUCUGAUUUGAGUGUUCAGUCUUACUUAAUGUGCUUGGCAGCCAACUUGGGUUUAGACUUUGUAAAUAAGCAAAGGCAUUGUGUUGUAGGCUAUCCCAAUAACACCAGCUAACCAGUUCAUUACAUUAAACUGGCUGGAGAGGUGAUACUAUACUCCCUUCAUUUAAAUUGCAUUGAUUUUGUUAAUGAAACAAUUUUUGAGAUGUAGAGUAUUUGGUGUCAAACAUAGACCUGCAAGUAGGAGUAAAUUAUUAAAGUUACAAUCUUUUCCAUAUGAGAAAUUAUAUAAAUGCUGCUUUUUAAAAGUUUGCUUUUUAACAGUGCAUGUUUAGAAAUAUUUGCAAAUGUGUUUUUAAGGAAAAACAUGUCAACAUCUUUAGAAGAGAUUAAAUUCUUUCAUUAUAUCUAAUUUUAUAUUAUUUAAUUUGUUAUUGAAUAAUAAAGUACUGGAGUUGUCUUCCCAGAGAGGUGGUAGAAUCACCAUCUCUGGAUGUGUUUAAAAAAAGACUGGACAUGGCACUUGGUAAUAUAGUCUAGUUGAGGUGUUAGAGCAUAGGUUGGACUUGAUGAUCUUAGAGGUCUCUUCCAACCUCAUUAUUCUGUGAUUCUGUUAGAGCUUGGGGCUGAGGAGGUCUAUUUUGUCACUGUAUAAAUUAUUCAUAAGGGGAUGGGAAGAGUAUACACAGCUCCUGGAAAAUAAAUUCCUUGAAUGUAAAGGAAAACCAAGUUUUUCCAUGUUGAAUGUUUUUUGUGUUAUAGUGGCAACCAUAACAGAUGAGUUGGAAAUAGUAUGAUGGCACUUGAACUUUGGGAGACAGGAACUGUUUGGUUAAUACUUGAUAGAGCAAGCUUUUCCAGUCAGCUUAUGCAAGGAAGCAUGGCUUUUCUGCUGAAGGAAAAAAAAAAUUAAAAUAGAAGAAGUUUUGUUACAUACUAUUUUUUUAGGAAAAUUGCUUAGCAUUUAAAGUUUCUUGCAUAGCUUUUUAUAUAUAUACAUUUUAACUCAACUUCUACUAAUGCCCUUUAGAAAACAUUUUUUUCUACUAGCAGCAUGAGUUAAUUUUUAGCCUGUGUGUAGGUCCAUUGGCAGGAUUGUUUCCUAAGAGUUACUAAAAGAUGUAUAAAAUUUUUUUCAAGUUGCUGAGGACAAGAAACCAAUUACAGAUCUUUACUGUCAAUUAGUGUUUUGUUUGGGGACCUUUCUAAAAGAACAAGUCCAAAAAAUAGUGUUAAAAAUGACAAUGAAUUGGAUGCCAAGUAGACCUAAAUUUCCACAGCUGUUCACAGCAUAUAUAUACAGGGGAGGCAGUAGUUGGUUUGCAUGAUCUUCCUUACACUGUGUGUCCUUUAAUCUCUGUGUCUGAUUGUGACACUUAGAAUAAAUACCUUUUGAGAAAAUGUAGUAAUUGUCUUUCUGUACUCACCAGAUUAUAUCUGGACUUUAUUGAAAGAACCAGAACUGUGGUAGCACUUUCUGUGACGCAGGUGUAUCCAAGUAGGAGUUGAAAUAAAAUGUGAUGGACCUGA